AUGGAUGGGAACAAAGAUGAGGCCUUGAGGUCUGUCAAGCUUGCAAAAUCUGCAUUUGCAUCUGGGGAUAGGCAGCGUGCAGAAAAAUUAGUUAAAAUUGCUCAAAGAUUGGACCCCAGUCUUCCACUUGAUGAUUUGUUGAGCCCAGUUGAGAAAGUUGGCAUCCUGAACAGUGCUACUUGCGAAGGCAGGACUGGAAAAGGCCAAGCUCGUGUGGACCCAAAAACACCAAAUGAAUCUGUUGGUCCUUUAAAUGUUGAUCAGGCUUACACUGAGGAGAAUAUUAGAGUGGUUCAGGAUAUCAGGAAAAAGAAGGAUUACUAUGCAGUUCUUGGAGUAGAGAGAAGAUGCUCUGUGGAGGAAAUUAGGAAGGCCUACAGGAGGUUAUCACUGAAGGUUCAUCCUGACAAGAACAAGGCUCCUGGUGCAGAGGAUGCUUUCAAGUUGGUAAGCAAGGCUUUCAAGUGCCUAAGCAAUGAUCAGUCGCGGAGGACUUAUGAUCAAACAGGCACCAUUGAGGACCAUGAAUUCAAUGAGCAAUAUCCCAAUGUCAUGAGAAGGGGAGCUGCUAGGCGGAGGAGGCCAGCAAGAAGUAGCUUCCAUAACUAUGAAGAAGAUUUUGAUCCUGAUGAAAUAUUCAGGUCCUUCUUUUAUGGCACCCAUGAUAAUCUGUUCCAUGCUCAGAAUACCUACAGGGCUAGGGGAACAGGCAGGCAACAGCAACAGAGAAGGGAGCAUUCAAUGCAGGGUGGUUCCGGCACAAAUGUAACAGUGUUAAUUCACCUUGUUGUGGUACUGCUCAUUGUUUCGCUUGCAUUUAUUCCAGCGCGUCGGUCUGAGUAUUCCCUGCAAAAGACAUACUACUUUCCCAUUUCAAAGGUCACUCAAAACCAAGGGGUGGAGUACUUUGUCAGCAAACAAGAUUUUGAUCAGCGGUUUCCACAAGGGAGUCAGUCUAGAGAGAAUCUUGAACAGCAUGUUUUGAAGGACUAUAAGAGUCUGCAUGGAAAAUAUUGCCAUGUGGAACUCCAACGGCGUCAAUGGGCCAAGGACUACCCUACACCUCACUGUGACAAGCUAAGGAGCCUGUCUGAGGCGUGA